CCAGCCUCCUCUCUUCCCCGCCCCUAACCCUAAGAAGUGGGAACCCUCUCAGAUCCGAAGCUAGAGGGUCACCUGUUGUUUCCCUUCUUCCUCCCUUGGAUCUGAAGGAGUCGAGUGCUCCUUCUUCUUCUACUUAGUUUUUAGUUGUCCUUUGUUUCCCUGCAUUUUUCCGAGCGCGAUGGCUCUCCUCGUGGAGAAGACUGUCUCCGGCAGGGAGUACAAGGUGAAGGACAUGUCUCAGGCGGACUUCGGGCGCCUCGAGAUCGACCUCGCGGAGGUCGAGAUGCCGGGGCUCAUGGCUUGCCGGACCGAGUUCGGCCCCUCGCAGCCGUUCAAGGGCGCGAAGAUCACCGGAUCCCUGCACAUGACCAUCCAGACCGCCGUCCUCAUUGAGACCUUGACUGCCCUGGGCGCCGAGGUACGCUGGUGCUCCUGCAACAUUUUCUCGACGCAGGACCACGCCGCGGCGGCGAUCGCCCGCGACAGUGCUGCUGUCUUCGCGUGGAAAGGGGAGACCCUCCAGGAGUACUGGUGGUGCACCGACCGCGCCCUCGACUGGGGCCCCGGCGGCGGUCCCGACCUCAUCGUCGACGACGGGGGUGAUGCCACGCUCCUCAUCCAUGAGGGAGUCAAGGCCGAGGAGGAGUACGCCAAGACCGGGACGCUCCCCGACCCCUCGUCCACCACUAACGCCGAGUUCCAGAUCGUGCUCGGCCUGAUCCGGGACGGGAUCAAGGUGGAUCCAAUGAAGUACCACAAGAUGAAGGAGAGACUCGUUGGUGUCUCGGAGGAAACCACAACGGGCGUCAAGAGGCUUUACCAGAUGCAGGCCAACGGCACUCUCCUCUUCCCUGCCAUCAACGUCAACGAUUCUGUGACGAAAAGCAAGUUCGAUAAUUUGUAUGGGUGCAGACACUCACUCCCUGAUGGGCUCAUGAGGGCUACUGAUGUCAUGAUCGCCGGCAAGGUUGCAGUUGUCUGUGGUUAUGGUGAUGUCGGCAAGGGUUGCGCUGCUGCCCUCAAACAAGCUGGUGCUCGCGUGAUUGUGACAGAGAUUGAUCCCAUCUGUGCUCUCCAGGCUCUCAUGGAGGGGCUGCAAGUGCUCACCCUCGAAGAUGUCGUUGCUGAAGCAGACAUCUUCGUCACCACCACCGGCAACAAGGACAUCAUCAUGGUGAAGCACAUGAAGCAGAUGAAGAACAACGCCAUUGUCUGCAACAUUGGCCACUUUGACAAUGAAAUCGAUAUGCUCGGACUGGAGACCUACCCAGGCGUCAAGCGCAUCACCAUCAAGCCCCAGACGGACCGCUGGGUCUUCCCGGAGACUAACAAGGGCAUCAUCGUCCUCGCUGAGGGUCGUUUAAUGAACCUUGGCUGUGCCACUGGACACCCCAGCUUUGUCAUGUCCUGUUCCUUCACUAACCAGGUGAUAGCUCAGCUGGAGUUGUGGAAGGAGAAGAGAACCGGCAAAUACGAGAAGAAGGUCUAUGUUCUGCCCAAGCACCUCGAUGAGAAGGUUGCAGCUCUGCAUCUAGGCAAGCUUGGCGCCCACCUAACCAAGCUCACCACCGAUCAGGCCGAGUACAUCAGUGUGCCUGUGGAAGGUCCAUACAAGCCACCACACUACAGGUACUAGACAGCCAAAGGCGUUAUGUGCCUCGGAAGAAUCCUAUGCCAUCCAACGGCGACGUUCUUUUUGCUUUCCAUUAUUUUCCCUUUCAGUCUUUUUGUGGGUUAAUUGAGAGGUUCUUCCUGUCUGGUUGGAUGGUGUUGGGAGGAGAUUCCUCCAAUAAGAAUGUGGGGAGUGAGGUUUUAGUUUUGUCGCUGUGGAAGUGCAAUAUCACAUGAUGUAAUAGAAAUGCCAUUCACUAGUAUUCAAGAUUAAUGUUGGUUA